AUGUUCCCUUCGCAGGCGGCUAAUUUUAACAUCGAGGCCCUUAGCGGCAUUUGCGGAUCGAUUUCUAUUGCCUGUUGGGUGGUCGUUUUCUCCCCUCAAAUCAUCGAGAAUUUCCGACGUGGCUCUGCAGAUGGCCUCUCUCUUAUCUUCCUCAUUAUCUGGUUGGCUGGCGAUGUGUUCAACAUCCUAGGCGCCGUUCUGCAAGGCGUGCUUCCUACCAUGAUCAUUCUUGCAGUGUACUACACUCUAGCAGAUAUUGUUUUGCUUGGGCAGUGCUUUUACUACCGGGGCUUCAAUCUCAAGGAGGAGCUCUCUCCCUCCGCUACACCGGACCUCUUUGCAGUCAAUGAUGCCGAGCAGAAUGGCGCCGAACAUCAACCAGCACCAACGGAGAGAUCCGCCCUCAUCUCAAAGCCCACCGGCCAGGUCCGAAUUGAGGAUCCAACUAUAAACUUGACUGGACAGCAACCCGAGGACCGUACACGCCCACUCUCCGCGGGAAGACGGCACUCGGCAACCUCUUACCAUGAUAUCUUCCACUCAUCGGUAGAUGCAACCCAUCUUUCACCCGCAACACCGUUUGUCGAACCUACAUCCGAUUCCGCGCGGCGCCGUGCUCAACGUGCCCGCCGCCGCCGCAUCUCCACCCUCCAAUCUGUUCUAUUCAAUUUCACCGCCGUCGCUCUAGUCUGUGCUGCAGGUGUGAUGGGCUGGUUCGUCAGCCCGGUAGCACAGUCAUCAUCGCCAGAUCGGGAACCUCUCACUAUGGAUGUUCUGGGUCAAGUAUUUGGAUAUUUCUGUGCAGCCUUAUAUCUUGGGUCACGUCUGCCCCAGCUUCUCUUGAACUACCGCCGCAAGUCAACGGAUGGUGUUUCCCUGCUGUUCUUCCUUUUUGCUUGCAUCGGAAAUUUGACCUACGUGCUUUCCAUUCUGGCAUACUCGCCUGUUUGCCAUGGUGCAUCUUCCGAAGGGAUUAUGGGGCAUCGUCACCGUGCGCAUUGUGAUCCUGGCGAGGCGGCUGCGCUGUACGGUCGUUACGUAUUGGUGAAUUUGUCGUGGUUGAUCGGUAGUGCUGGCACACUGCUGCUGGAUAUGGCGAUCUUUACUCAAUUCUUCCUGUACCGAGAUGGCAAGAGUGACGAGGAGGAAGAGGAAGAGUAG